UUGAAAUCCAAACACCAAACUUGAAGGUGGCUGCCACUAGAAGAUUGAAAUGAAACAAUCUCUGUGGCUGCUGCUCUGGCUGGGCGCAAUGAUUGGACCGCUGAACUUCCUGGAGGCCAGAAGCCACCGUCAUCACUCUCACCAUACACGCCGACGUACUGAAGUACAACCCAGAUCUGUGCCUGGAGCUGUCCUUGGAGCUAUUGCUGGAGCUAUUCCAGGAGCUGUCCCUGGUACUGUCCCUGGAACUCUUCCUGGAGCUAUUCCUGGAGCUGACCCUGGUACCGACCCUCAAUCUCAAGCGCACCGUCAAUCUCAUGCAGAGCUGCCACCGAGGCAGACGGAAGAACUGUGUGCACCAGAGAUCACCAAGGACGAGCUUAUGGAGGUAGCGGUCAUGGGGGCCACCAAGGUGAUCAUCAAGCAGGUGGAAAAGUUCAGCCCUGGAGUGCCCAUAAACACUGAUGUCGUUAACUCAAUCAGCGAACUCGUUAUGAAAGAGCUCUUGGCCGGUACGACCAUCCAGGAUAUGGUUGAUAAGCUGCACGUCUGGUGUACCGUCAACAGACCACCAGGCACUCCGGUUGCAACUGUCCCUGGUGCUGCCCCUGGAGUUAUCCCUGGAGCUGUCCCUGGAGUUAUCCCUGGAGCUGUCCCUGGAGCUGUUCCUGAUGGUGUUCCUGUAGGUAUUCCUGGGGGUGUCCCUGGUGGUGUUCCUGGAGUUGUGCCUGGAACCGUCCCUGGAACAGUCCCUGGCGCUGUCCCUGAAGCUAUCCCUGGUGCUGUCCCUGGAACAGUCCCUGGCGCUGUCCCUGAAGCUAUCCCUGGUGCUGUCCCUGGAACCGUUCCUGGGGCUGUCCCUGAAGGUGUCCCUGGAGCUGCAGCUGGAGGUGUUCCUGGAGGUGCCCCUGGAACCGUCCCUGGAACCGCCCCUGGAGGUCUCCCUGGAGCUGUCCCUGGUGCUUCCCCUGGAACCGUUCUUGGGGCUGUCCCUGGAGGUGUUCCCGGUGGUGUCCCUGGAGCUGUUCCUGGAACCGUCGCUGGAGGUCUCCCUGGAAGUCUCCCUGGAGGUGUUCCUGGAACCGUCCCUGGAGUAAUGCCUGGAGCUGUCCCUGGGAUUCCUGAAGCUAAUCCGAAGCAGAGUUUUGAUAGACAUCCUCUGGAAGGGCCAAAGCCUUCCGGCCAAGCUUCCUCGGCACAGAUGGGUACAGAUUCGGACUACGAUUUCUCUGGCAAUGAACCUUGCCAGGGCGCCUCUUGCGAGACUCAGACGCCAACCAGCGAGUGGACCGACCUCAGCUGGCUGUGCCUGAUCGAGAAUGGACACGUUAAGUGCUAUUCGUACCACUACGACGCCAACAAGGAGAUAUCUGUGGAGGAAGUCGAAUCCAUCACGGUGCGUCGCCGAACGGGCGCCAGCCAUCGAACACGUCGGGGCAAGCGCAAAAGGUGGAGCAAAGGCUUAAGCUGGCGGUCAAAGCACAAGAAACGCAUGUUGUAAUCACAUGUUGGAAAGACUGAGGCAUAGGCACGGCUUCCGUGCGAACAAGGAUAAGCCCGGCAUACGUCGGAGCAAGGGCAAGCGCACUUAGGCGACAGGCAAAUCACAAAAUAUUGCAUUCAAUAAAGUAAUCCUGAUGUGCGAAAGGACUUAGGGGGACGUUAUCCUUAGCUGCAUUCACUCCACAGACCAAUCAACAAAAUG